AUGGCGGCCUCCAGGCUGCUCUACAUUGCCGUCGCCGACCACCACGGCCAUGGCCGGAGGAGCACCUUCCACUACACCCGCCCAGUCCUGCAGAGCACGCUCCAGCUCAUGGGAUGCAAGCCACGCCACGCCUUCAAGAUCAGCAAGAGAGUAUUCGAUGUGACGAGGAACGAUUUCUUAGACGCGUCAAAACUGGGUGAAUCCACAGCCGAGGAUGACAUGGAAACUGCCAAGCUCUUGAAUACAGAAAACACGACCAACAUACCGUUUGAGUUGUACAAGAUCCAGACAACUGUCGUUGUUUCGAGAGAAGAGUUCCUAAAUGUUGUAUGUGAUGCCCUCACUUUGUACAAGUAUGUCGGGCCAAAUCAGAGGGCUGACUUGCUUCUUGCGUGCAGGAUUAGGGAGAGGAAAGAAUCGGUGACUGUGCUGUUGUGUGGCACAAGUGGAUGCGGCAAAUCUACUCUAUCAUCCCUAUUGGGUAACAGGUUGGGUAUCACCACCGUAGUUUCUACCGACUCUAUACGGCACAUGAUGAGGAGUUUUGUAGACGAAAAACAAAACCCUCUGCUCUAUGCGUCAACCUACCACGCAGGAGAUUAUCUAGACCCUGUUGCAGUUGCCCAAGCUAAGGAGAAACGCAAGUUAAAGAAACUCGCUGUUAUUUCUCAUUCAAAUGCUAAUGGAGACGAAGAUGGUAGCACUUCAGAUGAGAAAUGUAAUGAGAAAUCUCCAGACUUGCCUCCUAGAACUGAAGUGACCAGCAAAAAGCAAAUGGCCAUAGAAGGAUACAAAGCGCAGAGUGAGAUGAUCAUCGGGAGCCUUGAUAGAUUAAUUACAACCUGGGAGGAGCGCAAAGAAUCUUUAAUUGUAGAAGGAGUUCAUUUAAGCCUGAAUUUUGUGAUGGGGCUAAUGAAGAAACAUCCCUCCAUUAUACCAUUUAUGGUAUAUAUCACGAAUGAGGAGAAGCACAUGGAACGUUUUGCAGUCCGUGCAAAGUACAUGACGCUUGAUCCAGCAAAGAACAGAUAUAUUAAAUACAUCCAGAACAUUAGAGCUAUCCAGGAGUACUUGUGCAACCGAGCCGACAAACAUCUAGUGCCGAGAAUUAAUAAUACCAAUGUAGAUCGGAGUGUGGCAGCCAUACACGCCACAGUCUUUAGCUGCCUUCGUCGGCGAGAGGCUGGGGAGCAGUUCUAUGACCCCCAUACAAAUACUGCAGCUAUAGUAGAUGAAGAGUACAGAAACCAGUGCGCUGCAAACUCAUUGAAUUCCAAGGGCAUGUUUCAGUUGAUUCAAAGGCAAGGGUCUUCUAGGAAUCUAAUGGCGCUGCUUAACACCGAUGGUUCAGUUGCUAAGGCAUGGCCUGUGGUUGCCGGUGACAGCAAUGGUAACAUAAAUGAUGGCACAGGCAGUGAGAAUUCUGUGGGAAACCCCAUGUACGGUCCGUUGCAAAUUGGGAAGGCAGAGCCUGUCAAUCUUCAGUUUGGCUCUUUUGGGAUCAGUGCAUGGCCAAGUGAUACCGGAGGCACUAGUCAUACUGGGAGUGCCGAUGACUCCAAGGCUGACGGCACAGAUACAGGGAGUAGGUAUUUAUCCUCAUGUUGCAGCUCACCAAAGAUGUCAGAUGAUAAUUCCAAAGAGCUUGUGGAUGAGUACUCAGUGUUUGACAGUGAAGAAGAGGAAGAUGGGAGUGAUGCUGGUGAUGCAGAGACGAAUGAGGAUCUAACUGACGAAGAAAGGGACAUCCAAGAGAUGGAGGAAGCUGGGUCUGUGGAUGAGCACUCGACAAAGUCAGAUGAGGAGUAUGAUGACCUAGCCAUGAGAGAAAGCGGCUACUGGUCUGAUGACGAGCAGCCGACCCUGAUGAAGAAGCCCCCAGCACUAGGGAUGGUAGGAGGCGACAAGGAUGAUGGCAACAUGGGCCUGAUGCUGGAGACGGGAAAUGAAGGCGGUGGCGCAGAGAUUGCGCGGUACGCCUACCAUCUCAUGAUGAACGGCCAUGAGUCGUAG